AUGGACCCAACCGGAGUAGACGCAACGCGGGAGCGCAGCAACUCGAUCUCGUCUUCCUCAUCUGCCGGAAACUCGCCAACCUCUCCCAAGCCUCGCCGUAACUCGGCUGGACUCUUCGCUUCACUCGAACAGACCAAACGUCCCAGCGAUCCCGCCUCCAUCGCCAGACGCCAGAGCCUACAUGAGCAACGCCCGACACCAGGUCUGUUUGGCAAGAUGUGGAAUACCUGGGUCCGUGGCGUUCCACCAUCAUAG